UGGCAAAAAAAACUAGUUCAAUCAUGAGAACAUCCGCUAUCGUACUGUUAGCUACAAGCUUCAUGCUUGUGGCUUGCCUCGCUGAAUUUACCUAUGGAGACUGCGGCAGCGACUGCUCUAGCGAUUGCGAAAAUUGCGUCACCUCCAACUGCGGAGACUGCUCCAAUAACUGUGGAUGCACUACACGUGUAUGCCACCAAUCUUGCGCCGUCCGUUGUCAGCAGUGUUCCAGCACCUGCAGUUCAUCAUGCAGGGGAAGGGUGCCCGACUCAGCACCCGAAACAAUGAAGCAGAGACAGGAACAGCAUGAUUUGGCUUCUGAAAGAUCAUCAAACACUGAUUUGAAGAAUGAUGCCAACUCCAACGUUACAUCCAUCUUUGAUAUUACAUCAAGUGUAAGCAAUAACAACACCAUUCAUAUGCCUGUGGAGUACACUUUCAACCAUCACACGAAUGUGACUGUAGUUCCUGCGCCGGCUCCAAAUAUCCACAUCAAUGUUACUACUGGCGGUGGUUCGAGCGAGCCCAGAGUGAUCACUUUACCUUCUGCAGUUUCCGCACCGAAUAUCAUUCCACACAAUCCAAAUGGUUCGGUUGUCAAUAUAAAUCACACCACAGUUACAACUUCGGCUGGCCAACCAUGCUGCAACAUUACACCCAGCAAUUGUCAAAACCCUAAAUCCUGUUCGGAGACGGUAUGCGGGCCAAGAUGCAAUCAGCAGCCCUACCCUGGUUUCGUUCAACAACCAUGGCAAGUUCCUGUACAGCAACCGGUGCAGUACCCAGUACCACAACCGAUCCAAGUCCCUGUACCGCAACCAAUCCAUGUUCCUGUACCACAACCCUACCCUCAACCUUAUCCAGUCAUUCAGAGAGUAGCGGUCCCUCAACCAUACCCAGUCGUCCAAAGAGUACCAGUCCCACAACCUUACCCCGUUGAAAGACAAGUCCCAGUGCCGCAACCGUAUCCAGUUGUGCAAAGAGUGGCAGUACCUCAGCCCUACCCUGUUGAAAGACAAGUAGCAGUGCCACAACCCUAUCCAGUGGUUCAGAAUGUACCUGUUCCCCAACCAUACCCGGUGGAGAGGCAAGUUCCUGUCCCCCAACCCUACCCUGUUGUACAAAGAAUACCAGUACCUAUCCCUCAGCCUUACCCUGUUGAGCGUCCAGUGCCAGUAGUUCUUCCACAACCACCUCCAGUAUACACACAACCUGCGCCAGUAUAUACUCAACCGUCAUGUUUGCUCAACACGCUACAAGGCGGCCAGUACUCGGCAUGUGCGCAAACUCUCGAGAACCGACAAUUGUUUGGUCAAAGCUCAGCUGUGGCAUUAGAUCAAUGGAGUCAAAGCGCCAGACGCGCUGAUGGAUGUAUCACGCUAAAUCAGUAUCCGUGGACUCAAUGUAAUCUCCAGCAAACAGGGGUAGUAGGAUUUGGAGGCCUACCAAGCGGUAGAAUCCUACCAGGUGUGUAAAAACAAUCUUUAAGGUGUGUUCAAAACAACGCCUCGCAGAAGAAUACGGACGCAAACUAAAUUGCAAAUUAAGGCAGAAUGCAUUGAGGUGUACAUAAUAACUAAAAAUUUUGUUUACCAUAUUUCGGAAACCGAAACUUUCUCAAUAAAAAAGUCUUGAAAACCUUUAA